AUGGAACCUGGAGUCUUGAUCCUAGUCUGGUCAUUUAAUCCGCAAUCCUCUUCCUACAGGUCCCGUCAGAGUCGCUUUCUUGCCUCGUGGCAGCUGACUCUUAUCUGCUUCGUUCGUGACAUGCUUCGAUCACAGCCACCAGAUCCGUGCUGCUUGAGGCGUCAUAGGCCGCACUCUGCCUCACACUUUUGCUGGCUCGUACAUACCAUUUUGAGUGAAAGUGUCGAAUGA